CAGGUGAAUGGCUCUGCUAGUGGUGGUGGUGGUGUUGGCUCUGGGCCAGAGACCGCCCGAUGGGCCGAGGUAACUACAGCUAUAAAAACAGCCAGCGGAUCGAGCAAGAACCAACAGACAUCAUCACAACGUUAACCAAUCAAUUUGCCAAACCGAAAAUGCAGCCGUUCUGUGGAGUUUUGGUGCUUGGCCUGGUCAGUUUGGGUCUGGCAGCGCCUCAUGCCCCAGCGACCAGCUACAGUUCGCUGGUCAAACACGAGGAGCCGGCACACAAGAGCUACGGAGGACAUGGACAUGGCAGCAUCGAUCUGGGCUAUGGCGGCUACGGAGGCUAUGGAUACGAUGGUCUGGGCUAUGCCAGCUAUGGCCAUGGCUAUGACAAAUACGAGGCAAGCCAUUAUCCCAAAUAUCACUUCGAUUAUGGCGUCAAGGAUGCGCACACCGGCGAUCAGAAGAGCCAGUGGGAGUCACGGGAUGGCGACAAAGUCCAUGGCAGCUACUCUUUAAAGGAGGCCGAUGGUACGACUCGUGUCGUGGAGUACACAGCCGAUGAUCACAAUGGCUUCAAUGCGGUGGUUAAGAAACUGGGACAUGCCCAUCAUCCUCAGGUGUACAAGAGCUACGGACAUGGUGAUCUCUAUGGCGCUGGCUACGACUACGGACACAAUGGUGGCUUUAGUGGUGAUUAUGGACAUGGUCAUGGACAUGCCAGCAGCUAUGUGAAUGUCAAGCAACUGCAUUAAACACGCCGACAAAUAAAGAAAUGUGCAUAGAA